AUGGAAACGCCAAGAACAAACGGGACCACAGGCAAACAGGAGGAAGCCAAGACCCCCACUUCGCCCAAGAAAGAGACGGAAGAAGGGAAGAAAUCCAGCAGUCCAAACAAAGCUGAGAAAGAAGCCAACAAAAACAAUGUGGCACCGAACCAGGAGACAACCCAACUCAAGAAUGCUAUGUAUGCUGGAAAUGACUGGAAGAGACCCAUCAUCCAAUUUGUGGAGUCGUCUGAUGAGAAGAGGUCAACCUACUUCAACAUGGACCUCGCGGAUGCCAAGAAGUCAGGUUUUCCCGCCGUGGGGGAAGCUCGGAGGUCCCAGGUCACUUUUCCCGAGCGGGGAGAUUUGAGGAAGCCCCUGUUCAACGUGGAGACCAAGAAAGCUUUCAGCGGCGAAGGAGAAGGGAAGAAGUCAAUGUUCUCCAGUGGGCAGAUUGCAGAUCUAAGAAAACCCAUCAUCACCCUGGGGGAAACCGGAGAGACCAAGAGGACCAACUUCAACCGGGUCGGUAGGGUACCUACUGGAAGACCCCGGGUGGUUCUGGAAGAGGUCCUUUGCGACUCUUGCAUCGACAACAAGCAGAAGGCGGUGAAGUCCUGCCUGGUGUGCCAAGCCAGCUUCUGCGAGCUUCACCUGAAGCCCCACUUCGAAGGGGCAGCUUUCCGAGACCAUCAGCUCCUGGAUCCCAUCAAAGACUUUGAAGCCAGGAAAUGCCCCAUUCAUGGCAAGACCAUGGAGCUUUUCUGCCAGACUGACCAAGUCUGCAUCUGUUACCUUUGCAUGUUCCAAGAACACAAGAAUCACACCACCGUGACAGUAGAGAUUGAGAAAUCGGGAAAGGAGACCGAACUGUCUUUGCAAAAAGAGCAGCUGCAGCUGAAGAUCGUGGAGCUUGACGAUGAAGUGGACAAGUGGCACAAGGAGAGAGACCGUAUCAAGAAUUUUACUGCCAACGAAAAAGCCACGGUAGACCAGCAUUUCAAAGAGCUGAUCCGUGACAUGGAGAAACAGCGGGAUGAGGUCAAGGCUGGUCUGGAUCACCGGGAGAAGGUGGCGGUGGAGAACAUCAAGGAGAUCGUGGAGGAACUGGAAGAGAGAGUAAAACUGUUGCAGGAGGACAAGGAAACCAGGGAACAGAUUGGCCUAAUCAGCGACUCUGUGCUCUUCCUACAGGAAUUUGGAGCCAUGAUGAGAAGCUAUGUUAUCCCUCCAUCUCUGCCAACAUAUAGCAUCUUGCUUGAAGGAGAGAACAUGAGUCCAGCAAUGGGGAUACUCAGAGAUGACCUCCUGAAUGUAUGCAUGAGGCACGUUGAGAAAAUCUGCAAGGCAGACCUUAGCAAGAAUUUCAUUGAGAGAAACCACAUGGAAAAUGGCGAUCACCGUUACAUGAUGAACAACUUUUCCGACUGGAAUCAGCCAGAUAACCUGAAGAGGUUUUCCAUGUUCUUGUCACCAAAAGGAAAUCUCGGAGGAAAUUACAACACUCGCGGCUGGGAGUUUUCUUCCAUGCAAACUGCCGAAGAGACCAUUGCAGCUGCGAACUCGGCGUUCUCCAUGAAAGUUGGCAAUGGAUCCAAGAUGCCAUAUCAGUUCCCCCCAAUGGGCCAGAGUUCACCUGGGGAUUUCAGCAAGCAAUCUGACGGCAGCCUCUAUACUAAGAAUGCUUAUCCGUCCAUCGUGAGGCACCAGACGGCCAAGGCCCAGCCACAGACAUGGAAAUCUUCCAAGCAAAGCAUGUUGUCCCAUUACCGUCCCUUCUACGUCAACAAGGGCAAUGGCGUCACUUCCAAUGAAGCCCCCUGA